AUGAGCGGGUAUGGCCACCAAGAAAUUUCACAAUCUACUUGGGACAGAUGCUGCAAAGGACCUCUAGGAAACAUGUACAUGCUUGAAGAGAUUGGCGAGAGAUAUCGGAAAGCAUCACCAAAAUCAUUUGCCAACACACGUGUCUUUUUUGUGCAUACACACGAAGAUAAAAUCGAACUCUGGCAAAUGUACAACUGUGCCAGAGGGAUUUUACAAUGGGAACGCACUCACAAAGCGAUUGUUCCGAUCUGUUAUGAGGAACAAAAAAAACAUCUUUUUGAUUUCGUGGUCUUGCUCUGGGAUCUGAAAGAAGGUUUGAUUAAUACGGUAAACAUGGUUCGACAAUUACAAGACGAAGAUAACGAUGGCAUUCGAGAAGACUUCCUCCACAUCCGUGAGUUGGAACGUAUUCUAAAACAAAUCCUACAUAGCAAAUAA